UUCAGUCGCGAGAGAGAGAGAAAGCGAGAGAGGGAGGGAAGAGAGAGAGAGAGAGAGAGAGAGAGAGAGAGAAAGAAAGAGAGAGGGAAAUCGAAAGAACCGAUGGUGGGUUUAAUAUGCUGACGGGCUUGACACCGACUUGCAAUUUUGACCGUUGAACGGUAUCUGCCGUCAUGUCUGCCAGGUGGUCCAAGCUUUCCAAGCGAAGGUCCUCGGCAGAGUCCCUGGCGACCCCUGAGGACGACGGCAUCUUCGUGUACCUCUUCUGGAGCCCCAACGAAGACCGUUACGUGUCGCACACGGCGGCAGAGCAGGUCACCGCCGAGGAGCUGUGCGUGUCGGCCGCCGAGACUGUCGGGAUAACGCCUCUGUACCAUGUGUUGUUUGCUCUGUAUGACCCCCUGUCGCGCUGCUGGUACAGUCCAAAUCACGUUUUUCACCAGGAGAAGGGGUCCUGUCUCAUUCUUCAAUACCGAAUGAGGUUUUACUUUCGCAAUUGGCACGGACUCAAUGACAAAGAGCCUGCCGCCAGUCGUUUCUCUGUCAAAAGUGAGCCAGAUGGCGCCGCCCCCAAUGUCUUACCACUGCUGGAAAUCAAAUCACUGGAGUAUUUAUUCGCCCAGGCUAAAUAUGAAUUUGUGAAUGAAAUGAUCCCGAUGGAGAACGUGAGCUCAGAGGAGGAGCUGAGUCGCUUCAGGAGCGACAGCUUGGGCUUGGCCAUGCUCCACCUCGUCCACCUGGCGCUGCAGACGGGCAGCACCUUGAGCCGGGUGGCGAAAAAGACCAGCUUUGAAAAAUGCAUCCCGAAGUCUUUCGCCAAGCACAUAUCAGAAGAAAAAGUCCUCACAAAAAUGAGGCUCCGGUGGAUGUUUGAACGAUCCAUGCGCACUUACCAGCAAAACAUGGACGCAAAGCAGCCGGACGUCAGUGAGAUUAUGUGCAAGUACAUGUGCGCUCUCGAGUACUUGGCGCCGCGUUUCGGCACAGAGACGUUCUCCGUGCGCCGCAUGAGGCUGAGCAGGGACGACGAGGACGCCGGCCAGGACGCCUCGAGGGGGGACUGCGGCGACGCGGCCGCGCACGAGCUGAUGGUGUCUGCCGGCGAGGGGCUUCGGUGGAGGGAAACGACGAGCUGCGAGGAGGACGACAGCCUCCCGAGCGGCGACCACCGGAGGAAUACGACGCGAUGGACCAGCCAGCCUGGUGCAGCUGCUCCCGUUAAGUGGACCUCCUUCUGUGACUUCCCGGAAAUAAUUCACAUAGGCGUCAGAGAGGCUAAUGUUUGCAUUAGCACCCAGGACAAUACCUGCAUGGAGGUCGAGAUGAGCUCCAGCAAGGAGGCGCUCUCGUUCAUCUCUCUGCUCGACGGCUACUACCGGCUGAUUGCGGACGCCCACCACUAUCUUUGUCGGGAGGUGGCGCCCCCCAGAGUGCUGCUGAGUGAAGCCAACGGACUGCACGGACCAAUGCAUGAUGACUUUGUGCUACAUAAGUUGAGAAAAGAGGACGCAGAAGAAGAAGCCUGCCUUGUACGCUGGAGUAUUCUCAACUAUCGCCGACUCGUCCUUGCUGUGCCAAACAGAACCCAGAACGGAUCCAUACCAGGCAACAAGCUGUUUUGCAUCCAGCAUAAAGGUUCCAUCUUCUCCCUGGACGGCUGGCAGCAGGAAUUCUCCAGUGUGAAGGAGCUCAUGGACUCCCUGAAGGACUACAUACUCAAAUCCGGGACGGAGAGCUACACGGUUAAAAAAUACUGUCGGCCCCGGCAAGGAGAGCUGUCCAACCUCCUCGUGAAGAGACACGGCGUGGAUGACGAGGCCCAGACACGCACGCUAUCGCUCAACAAGUUGGACCUAUGCUUCCAGAUCAAGUACAAAGACCUCAUUCCGGGGGAGCAUUUGGGCUGCGGCACCAAAACGCACAUCUACUCGGCGCAUCUGCAAGUCGAGGGAACCGCCGACGAGCAAGAGGACGACUUAAACGGCAGGAAUCACAAGAAUGUCCGAGUGGUGCUCAAGAUUCUCGAGCGGAGCCACGAAGACAUCACAUUCGCUUUCUUUGAGAUGGCAAGUCUCAUGAGGCAGAUGUCUCACAGUCACCUGGUGUUUGUCCAUGGUUUGUCUGUCAACGGAUCUGAAAACAUCAUGGUUGAAGAGUUUGUGGAAUUUGGGCCUUUGGAUGUUUUUCUCCGCAAAGAAAAAGCCAAAUUGACUCCUCGGUGGAAAUUCAUCGUAGCCAAACAACUUGCCAGUGCCCUGAAUUACCUCGCAACUAAAGGUCUCGUUCACGGAAAUGUUUGUGCCAGGAACGUCUUGGUGGCAAGGCGAGGUCUUGCGCAAACUGCAUCGCCUCUCGUCAAGCUGAGUGACCCGGGGAUUGCCCUCAAUUUGCUUUUACAGGAAGAGCGACUUCACCACAUUCCCUGGAUCGCUCCCGAGUGCGUGUACAGCAAGGCGCCCGUCGGCGUCGGCGCUGACCAGUGGAGCUUCGGAGUCACGCUGCUGGAGAUCUGCAACAACGGCUACCUGCCGAUGAGCGAUGCCACGCCGCAGGAGAAAGAGCGCUUCUACAAGGAAAGGGGGAAGUUGAUGGAGCCGUCGACUCAGGACCUGGCCGUCUUCAUCAGCAAAUGUCUCACCUACGAGCCCGUGGAGAGACCGUCCUUCUGCUCUUUGCUCAGAGACCUCAUUGACAUCAUGAGCAAAAAUCCUAAUAUAUGCCCCACUGAAACGCUCCCUCGGGCUCAAUCCACCGUCUUCCUCAAGCGCUUUUUGAAAAACAAGGGCAGGUUGGGAAAGGGGAAUUUCGGAAUGGUGACGCUGUACAUGUACGACCCCGCCAACGACGGGACGGGAGAGCUCGUGGCCGUCAAGUCUUUGAAACAGGAGAACGGCCCCUUGCCCAAGUCCUGGCUGAAAGAGAUCGAGACCCUCAAGGGCCUCGAUCACAACAACAUUGUCAAGUACAAAGGCUGCUGCACUGAAAUGGGAGGACAGGUGGUGCAACUCAUUAUGGAGUUCCUGCCGCUGGGCAGCCUGGAGAAGUACCUCCAAGAAAAGGAACAGACUACGUCGCAGUGCCUGCUGUUCGCGCAGCAGAUCUGCCUGGGGAUGGAUUACUUGCAUUCAAAACGGUACAUCCAUCGGGACCUCGCCGCACGCAACAUUUUAGUGAAAAACAACAGCUUGGUGAAGAUCGCCGACUUUGGCCUAUCCAAAUACAUCCCCGAAAAUGACACCUAUUACCGCGUUAGUGAAGAUGGCGACAGUCCGGUGUUCUGGUAUGCGCUCGAAUGCCUGAAACACAACAAGUUUUCGUUUUGCUCCGACGUUUGGUCCUUUGGCGUGACCCUGUACGAGAUACUGACCCGCUGCGACCAGGGCCAAAGCCCCCCAGAGAAAUUUUGCAAGAUGGCGGGGUUAUCGCGCAGAAAGAUGAACGUGAAUGCGCUCAUCAGCUUGUUGGAGCGGAGGCAGUACUUGCAUUGUCCUAUAGACUGCCUGCCUGAGCUGAGGAACAUGACCGAACAGUGUUGGAAUCAAGAUCCCGCUCAAAGGCCGUCAUUCCGUUCUCUUUUUGAGAAGCUUGAGGCUAUCCGUUUACAGCCAAAUGUUGACUUGUUUAGGUCUGGAUUGCAAUCUAUAAUUGCUUGACAACCAAUUAAAAAUACAUUUACAAACGUUCGCCAUAUAUUGUGGCCUGGCGUCAAUAUUAUGAACAAGGGAGAAAGGCCAAAAGACCGAAAUACUGUAAACUUGUAAGUACGCAUUAAGUUGUUGAAUUUUUGUACAUUUUGAAUCAGAUUUUGUAUAAACUAUAAAAAAACUUUCUAAGUUUAAUAAAUCUUUCCCAAUUUG